AUGAAAGAAUAUAAGAAUGUCAUUAAUCCUUGUCUGCUUAAGAUAGGAGACAAAUCUCUAAGUAAAAUAAGAGAGAUUCCAUUACCAGAACUUCACCUUCUGAUGGGAUUUUUUAACCAUGUGGCAGAAUUUAUAAUGCAACUUUGGCCUGGAUUUAUAGAUUUAGUCAAGAGCAUUGGAUGCCUUCGAAAAGGUUACCAUGGAGGAACAUUUGAAAGAAACACGUGUAGAGAGAUAAAGAGACUUAAAAGUUGCGACAAACUUGAGUUGAUAAUUCCUGUUGAACUGUAUCCUCUCUUAGAAACAAUGAGAAAAUUUAAUAAGGUUGUUCAUGGUGUCUUUAGCUAUAAACUUGACCCAAACUAUUCAAUUUUAAUUGAAAGUUUUACACAAAGCUAUAAGGAUGCACAAGACUAUUGCAGAGAGGUAAACAGCUCACGGUUACUUGGAAAGUACAUGCUGUAACAGCACAUCUGGAAACAUUUGUUGAUUUGAGUGGCCUUUUCCUUGGGCAGUUUAAUGAGCAGACAUCUGAAUCUUGCCAUUCCAAGAUGAAAAGUGUAAUAAACAGGUUUGGAGUCUCGCAGUACAGCAACAAACAUAAAGAAAGAAGCAAAAGAAUUGCUGAAAUGUUCAGUUUAAAUAAUUUAUAAGUUAUUGAACAUUAAUUGUACAUCAAAACAU